AUGUUACGCUCGUCAUGUCCAGCGUUUGUUUGCUUGACUGUCCUUCUUCCUUUGUCCAGAGCACAGUCGCUGUCGCUCUCGCCCUCUCCUGAUCGCUCCGGCGCCGCCGUCUCGGACAAUCUCGACCCUUCGUUUGCUGGCUUCGGCAUCGAGCCCUCGAAUCUCUUCUCCUUUACCGGCUGGAACGAGCCCAAUGAAUUUUCUAUACAGCUGCUGCAGAACCUGGCCGACUACUCCGGCUCGCCUCCGCACAUACGUAUAGGCGGGAACACCCAGGACUACAUGAUCUACGAUGCCGACUAUGAAGAUUUUGGCUGGAAGAAGAACUCAAACUCAACCGCUCAGGGCGUCAUCGCUGCAGACUCGAUGAUCAUCGGGCCCAACUACCUUGCCGCGCUCGACCGAUUUCCCAAAGACACCUUCAUCACGUACGGGCUCAAUCUCGCCUACGAGGGCGACGACUACCUGGACCACAUCGUGACGCAUUCAAACGCCGUUGUGAAAAAUCUGCAAAACACCCGCCUCUACUCGUUCGAAAUCGGCAAUGAGCCCGACCUCUAUCUUGAGAAUGGCAUGCGUGCCGCGCCCUGGGACGGCAAGACGUUUACGACCCAAUUCAUGGAGCGCGCCGAUACCGUCUACCAGAAAGUUCUGAAGCCUGCAGGCAUGGCUCCUACUUUCUUCGAGCCUCCGGCGACUGCGUCGACUAUCGGGACGACGUUUGAGAUCGCGAUGCUUAAUUCCGACGGUAUCUUGGAUCGGAUGAACGGAGAAUAUUACGUUGGUUGGUGGAACCAGCAUGACUAUUUUUACUUCAUUGGUGUAACGCCUACCCCCAUCACUCUAGACGACCUCAUGGAUAUGGACCAAACCAAUACGCAGUUCGCAUACUGGGAGAAGCAGGUCAAGAUCGCGCUUGACACUGGUGUUCCCUACGUCCUACGUGAAAUGAGCUCCAUUGGACCCAUCGGCAUGCACCAAGUCAGCGACACCUUUGGAGCAGCGCUUUGGACCCUUAACUUUUUUCUCUACACCGCCACCCUCAACAUAUCCGCGGUGCACAUGCACAUGACUGACAAUUCCAACGCCAGUGCCUGGCAGCCCAUCAACGUGUACGGAAAGGAACCCUUUGUGCGACCGCAGUACUACGCACACGCCGCUGUGGCACAAAUCAUCGGAAAUGGCAAUGGGACAACCCAGAUCGGCGCUCUCGACGUUGGUGGUGCAGGCGGAGAUUACACGGGACGCAUUCGCGCGUACUCUGCCUACGCCAACAGCGCUUUGCAAGCCGUCAUUCUCAUCAACUCGAAACAAGCCAAUGCUUCCGAAUCCAACAAAGCUAGCUUCACUUUCAAUGUCAACAUGGGUUCUGCCAACGCAAACAAGAAAAUCUACAUCUCAUACCUCACUGCGGAUGGCGCCGAUUCACUGACUGGUACAUCCUGGAAUGGCAUGAGCUUCUCGGAUGAGGACGGCAAGGCAAGUGUCGUUGACGAAAGUAUCUAUCAAUACUCAUUGGAUGGUAAUGGGGCUUUCUCCAUUGCCGUGCGCGAUUCCGAAGCUGUAGUCGCCAAUAUCGACUGGCAGCUCGGCUCUAACAAAGUCAUCAAGGUCGACGGCACCACAACCUCUGGAAGCAGAAGAAAGAACUCCGGAUCACCCUCAGUCACCGGAGCUAAAGCUGCUGUCUGGACAGCCGUUCUCGUAUCGGCGCUCACUCUUGCAACCUCGCUCGGCGCGUGGUAA